CUCGUCUCAUUGUGCGGUGGCAGCAACCGACGUACACACACUGGGGUUCCAGGCAGCGGCGUCCGUCUCGCUCCAGCCGCGCUGCCGCCUCUAAGAGGGUUGUCGCCGCAUCCCGCGGGUGUAGCAGGGGAAGGGCCAUGAACCUGGGAGAUGGAUUAAAGCUUGAAACUGAAAUUUUGGAUGGAAAACCUCGGUUAAUUUUGGCUUCAUAUGGUAAAUCAAAAUCCACAGUUAAGAUGGGUAAUAAAGCUAAAGUCCUCAAACAUCCAUUGAGAACAAAACAGUCUGGACAUGUUCUGAAAUCAACACAAAAUUCCUGUGUCAAGCAUGAACAUAUUUUAGCAAAACCCAGAAGUGGAUCAAGAUGGUCAGCAAUAAAAGGUGAAAAAAACUGUGUGACUUUGUCAUCAUCUAAAGAUUCAUCAAAGGAAUCCUUAAAUAAAAACCAUGCUUUGAUUAUCCAAAAAGACAACACAACCGGAAUGUCUGAUUUAAAGAACCCUAAUAAAAUUGCUGUUAAAAAGCCCAAACAGAAGUCUCAAAAAACUCAUAUCUCAGGUGAAGAUCUAAGGAAUAAUUUGGUGUGUUUAACUCAAGAGCAACUUGAACAGAUUCUGAUGACUGUAAAACAAGGAACCAAAAUUGAGUCCCAGGCCCAGGAGGAAAAGCAAGAAGAAACAAGCCAAAACAAAAACUCCGAUAGUAGCACUGCUGCUAAUCAGGCCUCACAAGAGGAAAACAUUAUGGGAUUACUCCAAAAAGCUGAUGAAAUUUCAUCUGUUCCAAAUGAAAAUAAUUAUGCCUCAAGCAGCAAACAAGCAGCAUCUGAGCAGACUGAACAGAAAGUUAUUAAAAAUUCAUGGAAACCUGCUGACAUGUUUAGUACCCUAGGUGAAAGAGAAGAGGAUAAAAUUUUGUUAGAUGCAAAGAAGUCCCAGUGGAAGAAGGAGCUAGAUGAACAGAUAGCUUUAAAGAAGAAAUUAAAAGAAAGUUUGGAGCGACAGAUGAAGUACUACCAUUGGGAGAAAACGGAUGGUGAUGGUGAUAAAACCCAUUUGGAAAAACUGAAGCCAGUUAAUCAAGCUAACAUGACAUUUCCAGCUGAUUUGAGCAUUGCUACUGAGGAAAACCACAUUUUUAGAACCACUUUGGUCACAGAGGCUAGUGAAGUUGCACCCAGUGUUUCGAGUGGACCAACUGCUCAGUCGUCUAGUUUCAGUUCUCCUGACUUGCCAGCUGCCAUUCGUACAGCAUUUGUUUUAGGGGAAGCUGCACCAGUGGAGCACCCCUUUAGUGCCAUGAAACGAGAACAACAGAAGAAGUGGCUUCUAGAUCUGGACAAACAAAAGGAAGAGGCUAAACUACGAAAAAUAGAGGAAAAACAUAAGUUAUCAAAGGCUGAGGAGCAUGAGAGAUGGGCAAUGCAUUUUGAUUCUUUAAAGAACUACCCUCGUGCUAAUCCACAACACCCCAUAAAUGGAACAUACACCAAGCAGCCUGAAAUUCUUUGCCUGUCCCCCGAAUGUCAGGCCCUGACUGCUGCUGUUCAUCCUUUUACACCUGCAGCUUUAGGCCAUCUCAUGCAUUCAAAGGUGGAGAAUGUAGAAAAAACUGUUGAGAACACUACUUCGGAACAAAGUCAAAAAGCCAGUUUUCUCCGGUCAAUGACAGCUCUCUUGGAUCCUGCACAAAUUGAGGAAAGAGACAGGAGGCGGCAGAAACAGUUAGAACAUCAGAAAGCUAUAAUGGCUCAAGUAGAGGAAAAGCGAAGAAAGAAGCAGCUGGAGGAAGAGCAAAGAAAAUGGGAAGAACAAGAAGAAGAACACCGCUUAGCACGAGAACGAGAACUGAUGCAAAAACAGUUUGAAGAGGAUAUGCUCAAACAAAAACAAAAGGAAGAAAUCAUGACUCUUAAAACAAAUGAGCUCUAUCAGACAAUGCAGAGAGCACAAGAACAGGCUCAGAGAUUAAAACAGGAACAACGUAUUCGAGAGUUGGCUCAAAAAGGACAUGACAUUUCAAAACUGCAGAAGAAUCUUGAGGGUAGUGGUGGUGACGGCGGCAAGUACCAAACUUUAAUAUAUUUCAUUUUAUUUUGGGGCGGGGGGGUUGAUAAAAUAUGUGAGAGUUAUCAUACUGGCCUUUCAAAUGUAAGUCAUGAUCAUUGUUCUGAUGAAGUGAGCAGUAAGAUGCAUCAAGAUGUAAAAACCGUAACCUCUCCUCGGAAAGAUACUGCUGUGCAGACAGAUGACUUUGACACCAGAGCAUACAUCCGAACUGAAACAUGUACUGAGCCAGUUGUAGAAAGCAGAACUGUGGACUGUACAUCUCCAGAUAUUUCCAUAGAAUAUAAAGAGAAAUUUAACAUCAAAAAAUGCAAGAAAGAAAUGCAGUAUCCAGAUAAAAAUAAAAUUUCCGAAAAAGAGAAUAACGACAGUUACACUGAUUUGUAUAACCAAUUUGCAAGAAAAGAGAAACAAACAAAACCUAUGGAAAAAUAUGGAAAGAGACCUGACUGGAACAUAAACAAACCUGGGAAAAGGUAUAUUCCAGCAUCAGAAAGAUACCCUAGACAGCUACAAAAGCAAAGGGAGGAAAAGAAAGUAAGACGACAGAUAGAGCUGCUUCAGUUGGUAGAAAGAAAUACUCCUGGAAAACUCUGCCAAAAGAAAGAAGUCUCUCCAGAAAGGUCUCCUUCACCUCACCAGGAAACUAAUACAAAGAGUAAGGGACAUGCAGUCACAAAGGAAGGACAAUCUCAGAAGAGUCAUUUGAAUGAAGAAAGAUCCGAAUCACCACCUGUUCCAGCAGUUAAAAACAGAUUAUACCAAGUACAACAAAGGCAGAUAAAUACUUCUAAUUUCCCAGUUCAGAAUGGCAAUAUUGGGAGAGAGAGAAAUACCAACACAGACAUGCAACAGAGGAAAUCGUCUUCGCCAGUUAUUGAACCUGAACGGCCACCUUCUUCUCAUUUUAUUCCCUAUGUGCGAACAAAUGAAAUUUAUUACCUUGAUCCAGAUGCACCAAUGACUAGACCUUCAACACAUGAUCCACAAUAUCAACAGUUUAAUGAUUCUUGCCAUACACCACGGCAGAUUUUUAGUUCUGAUCAUGUGAGAGAUCCACUUCUUAAUCCUAAUGUGGUGAAAAACAGAGACCGACAACAGGCAAUCCUCAAAGGACUAUCAGAAUUACGCCAGGGUCUCCUCCAAAAGCAGAAGGAGUUGGAGACUGGUCUAAUUCCAACCAUGAAUCAAGAAGAAAACUUUAUUUCACCAUUUUAAAAAAGACCUGAAGAUGAGCUCUAUGAAGCUAGAAAGCUUGUCGUCUGUUCUACCAACUGAAGUUGGUCUAGUAGAACAUAUUACCUCACCCACAUGUCUCUUAUAUCCUGGGAUGCACACAGCUACACCACCACUGCAAACAGAUUCCAGAUGGUCUGAACUACUUACAUAAGUGUUAUUUACAACUAGGACCAAAAUUCCUUUUUCUGCUCAGGGAGCUCCAAAAACCUACGAGCUGGGUGAUACCUGAUGAGAAUUUAUCUGGGAAACUUAACUAGAAGAUCCUUGGACUGGAACUCUCAGGACCCUACAAUCACAAGCUGUACUGAGAGGAAACUCCAAUUUUCGUACAAUAAUGGUGUAGGGAAGUACGUAUUGGCUGCUUACAGGCUGCUCAGAUUCUCUGUAGGCCCAGGUGCUCAUAUUUUGGGAGGGAGUUCUAGGGUGAGAUUUUCAAGAGCUUAGUACUGGCCUAACUGCCCCACUGAAAAUCAAUGGCAGUUUUUUCCCACACUGAUUUCAAUGGGGGCAGAGUCACGUCAACGCUGAACCAUUUUGAAAAACGUCAUGCUUAAUCCCAAUAAGACAUGGAAGUCCAUCCACUAUACAUGCUUCCUUAAUAUAUACUUGAAUCCCUCUAGCACAGUGGUUCUCAAACAUUUGUACUGGUGACCUCUUUCACAUGGCAAGCCUUUUAAAUAUACAUAUUUAACAGCAUUAUACAUGUAGGAGGCAAAACAGGAUUUGGGGUGGAGGCUGACAGCUCGCACCCCCCAUGUAAUAACCUCAUGACUCCCUGAGGGGUCCCAACCCCCCGUUUGAGAACCCAUGCUUUAGCAAUAACUGAAUAGGAAGUGGACUGCCAUUUCCAGGGGUUAGAAUUUAAGACAGAUGAGGAGUCUGAGGGAAGGUACCCUUGAAGUGGUGCAGCACUGCUGCUGCAUUUUAGAGAAGAUGCCACUGUGCCAACAGGAGAGCUUCUCCCAUCAGCAUAGUUAAUUCACCUCCAUGAGAGGUGGCAACUACAUUGACAGGAAAAGUCCUCCCACUGACACAAUGCUGUCUGUACCAGGGUCUGGUCGGUAUAAUUGUGUUGCUAACACCCCUGAUGCAGUUACCCCGAUGUACAUUUAUAGUAUAUAUUUGGCCUCAGAUCCUGAAUUUCUCACGUAUGGAGAUGCAAAUAAGACUUCAGGGACAUCUUAUUUCCAGUUUGAAUGUGUCCAACUUUAACUUCCAGCCAUUGGCUAGUGUUAUACCUGUCUCUGCUAGACUGAAAAGUCCAUUAUCAAAUAUUUAUUCCCCUGUAGGUACUUGAAACUGUAAUUAAGUCAACCUUUCAUGUUCUCUUUGUUAAAAUAGAUUGAGCUCCUUGAGUCUGUCAUUAUAAGGCGUGGUUUCUAAUCCGUUAAUCAUUCUCAUGGCUCUUCUCUGAACCCUCUUCCAUUUAUGAACCUUCUUAUUGAACUGUGGACACUAGAACUGGACACACCUGACUGGGGAGCACAUUAACCUGCCUACAGAAAACUGACUGCAGAAGUAAACAGGGAGAAGAAAGAUCCUUUGUGCCUUAGGAUUUUGGAAGGCAGCAUUUAAGGACUGCACAAUACCCUUCGCCGCUGGAUCUAGGAACUUGGGCUCCCAGCCUCUCCUUACUGUUCUUCCAAAUGUAGCAGGCCUCAUCCCAGCAGGAUCCAAUGCCCUCCCAAGGGGAUGGUAAUAGAGGGUUGACCACAGUGGAUCUCUCCAUUCUCUGGAGAGAAAAUAAAUGACUAAGCAGGAGGGGCACACAGGGCCCAUUAUAUAAUCAUUACUAUGCCUGCUCCCAUAAAAUAUAACCCCUGAUAGUCCACAGAGAAGCCACACCACCAUGAAUCACCUAAGAGGCUGAAUAAAAAUGUCUGAUUCCUGCAGGAGGUAGAAAGAUGGACUGUUCAUGAUGGCAGGUUCCUACCUGGGUUGAAAAAGAUACUUUAUAGACUGGUGUCUUUUGGUAACAGGCAGCUACCUGCUUAAGCAAAGGAACAGCAACCAUUACACUACAUAUUAUUGGAGCUCCCCCACAAGCAAGUUGAAAAACUGGGACAGAACGGAUUCUGAUUAGAGACAUUUUUCAUUAUUAUGAAAGUGGAAGAACAUAUUAUUGUAAGACCACACACAUUGGUGUGGGGCUUCCUGUCGGACAGAGCACAAAGCUUUAGUCAGUGCACAGGAUGAACCUGCUGUAGAGAUCAACCGAAGUUGUGUACUACUGGAAAGACUUAUCUGCAGGACCCCAGCUUCCUUUUGCUGCAGAAGUUUGAAGGUGUGUACUGAAUGAAGCAAGGCACUACAAGAAGAGAGAGUAUUGUGUUUAAGGGUAUGUCUACACUACCCGCUGGAUCAGCAGGUAGCGAUCGAUCUAUCAGGGAUUGAAAUAUCACAUCUAGACAAGACUCAAUACGUCGAUCCACAAACGCGCUCCCCAUCAACUCCGUAACUUCACCAGGGCAAGAGGCGGAAGCGGAGUUGACAGGGGAGCAGUGGCUGUCAAUCCCACGCUACCAGGACGCGAAGCAAGUGAUUCUAAGUCGAUUUAAGAUACGCAACUUCAGUUACAAGAAUAGGGUAACCGAAGUAGACGUAUCUUAGAUCAAUCCACCCCCUUAGCAUAGACCAGGCCUAAGAGCAUUGACUACUGGCCAAAGAAUUGGAUUCUAUCCCUUCUUCUGUCAGAGUUCCUACGUAAUGCUACACAACUCACUUACAGGGAAGUGCCGUAACUGUAGUUCAAGAUGUGUCCCCCUAUGGGUGCUCAAAUGCUCAUGUGCCUUCAAUUAGCAAUUUCAGUAGUAGUGCUUGUUUAAUUUAUGGAUCCGCCUUACGCAUCCCCGUGCCCCACACCUAGGCUACACAGGGCUGUGUGGGUAAACCAUCCUUUAGUUUCUUCUCUACUGCAAAGUCCCAUGAAGAAAACGCCAAAGCAGAGAGGAAGGAGGACAGAUAGUGGAACACCUAUUGGGGCACACACACAUUGAAGAAUUAUAGUCACUGCAAAGGGUAAAAUUUCCUUCUUUGAGUAGCAUCCUAAUGGUGUUCCAAUUCAGGUAACUUUGAGCAGUAUCCCCAGGAGUGCGCUUCGGUUAAGUGUCUAGUAAAGAAGAUAGAACUACACUGCCCACUGCCACAACAGUUCUAGACGCAUGGAGCAAGAGGCACAGUGUUUGGAGAAAGCAUGUAUUGUAGACCACAUACCAGUCCUACAGAUUUCAAAUACUAGAACAUCUUUAAGGAAAGCCAUAGAUGUUGACUGAGACCUAAAGGAGUGGGACAGAGUCCUAGCAGGAGGCUGGACAUUAGCAACCUCAUAGCACAUGAUGAUAGAUCCUAAAAUCCACCUGAGUAGUCUCUGGAUAGAAACAGUAGAGCUUUUAUAUCUGUUGGCAAUGGAGGCAAAUGUUCGAGAAGACUUCUGAAACGGUUUGGUCCUACUGAGAUUAAAAAAAAGCCAGUGCUCUUCUGGACAUCAAAGGUAUGGAAAAAAAGCUUCCUGACCAAAGUUUAGGGGGGCAAGGGGUGUGUGUAAAAAUGUUUAGUUUGGUUCAGAUGAAACUCCCCAAACUUCUUCCUAAGGUAUUAUCGAUGUGGAAGUAGGGAAACUUUGUCCUUGAAAAUACUGUAAAGGGAGGAUCCACUAUGAAAGCAUCAAAUUUCCCCAGUUCAAGCCAACAUAAUAGCUAUUAAAAAAGCUGUCUUUAUGAAUAGGUAUAAUAAUGAACAGGUCACUAUAGGUUCAAAGAAGGUCCUAGGAGACCCGAGAACUAGAUAAAGAUCCUAGACUGGAGCAAGGUCUUUUACUUGAGGGAAGAGGUUCCCCAGUCCUUUAAUACAGUGGUUCUCAAACUAGGGCUGCCGCUUGUUCAGGGCAAGCCCCUAGCAGGCUGGGCCAGUUCGUUUAUCUGCCGCGUCCACAGGUUCGGCCAACUGUGUCUCCCAUUGGCCACGGCUCACUGCUCCUGGCCAACGUGGGCUGAGGGACGUGCUGACUGCCCUUCCUACAGUCCCCUUUGACUCGGAGGCCAGCGGGAGCUGCGAUCGGCCAAACUGCGCACGUGGCAGGUAAACAAACCUGCCUGGCCCGCCAGAGGCUUUCCCUGAACAAGCAGCAGCCCUAGUUUGAGAACCACUGCUUUAAUAAGCCUUACAGUUGUGGGGCAAGAGACUACUGAGAACCCUUAUACUGGAGAAUGGAAAGCUGAUAUUGUAGCCAGAUGAACCUUAACUGGGAUACCUUAUAAAUCUGCUUUCUUCAGCUGUAGCAAGUAAUUCAAGAUAAAUACAAGUAAGGAAAAUUCAAGUGCAAUUUGCAGAUAGUCACACCAACUACAAAAAUCUCUCUCACUUCUGAAGGUAAGAAUCAUGCUUAAAUUUCUUCCUGCUGUUUAACAACACUUGCUAUACCUCUGCCAAACAAGUGGACAAUCUACCAGCAAACCAUUGAAGAACCAGGCCUUGAGCUGGAGAAUUUUUAGGUUGGGAUGCAAUUCGUAUCUUAAGAUAAGCAAAGCAUGGACGAUUACUGAACAGGGACACAAUCUAUUAAAAACAGGUAAUGUUUUAUACCAUGCUUAUUUUGGCCACAUAAAGACUAUCAUUUGUCCUGCCUGAUUUUGUUCUUCACCUUUAGAAUCCAAAGUAUUGAGAAAAAUAUGUAAUUACAGGCCCCUUUGUCUGAAGAAGCAGAAAGGCAUCUGCCGAAGGCUGAAGGCCACCUCCCCCAAACAGAACAGACAACACUUCCUAUUUGUGGAAGAGGCAAAGAAAGCCAAUUCCAGACAGCGCCACAUUUGGAAUACAGCGUCUAGGAUUGGUGACCUAGCUAUUUUUCAGAGUCCUGGAAGAGGCCUCUGCUGAGAAUGUUUUGUAUUCCAGAAAGGUGCACUAUUGAAAUGUGACUACAAUAGGCUACACACCAGUUCCAUAACUUUAUUACUUCAGUACACAGAGAUAUAUCUCACUCUGCUCCACAGGUUAAUAUGAAACACUCAAGCCUCAUUGUCCAUCAAGAUUUUGAUAGACUUCCCUCAGAGGUAGAAAGUGGAUACAGGCAUUUCUGACUGCCUGUCGUUCCACCAGGUUGAUGUGGAGACUGGUCUCCUAUGUCCCCAGCACUAUAUGGACACAGAUGCACUCCAAUGGAGUAGCAACACAUCCCAUACUAUGGUGACCAAUGGAACUGGGUGAAGAAACAUCGGUCCCGAAAUUGUGGGGAUUCUUCCAUCAGUCAUGGCAAACAGAUUUGUUUAAAAAAAAUCAAAGCUGCGUCUCCUGAUUAGUCUAUCCUGAGCCACCUUGAAAUCUGCAAAGAUGUAACAUUGCAUGAUGAAGGUGCAAGCCACUAGGUGACCCGGAAGCUGCAAACAGAAUCCUGCUGAGGUUUCAAGGUUCACUUGAUUGCUCUUGACAACGUUUAAUAAAGUUAUGAAUCUGUGCAUAGGAAGAUAGGUCCUGGCAGUCAGCAAAUCUAAAGAUGUCCCUAAUGUACUAUAUUUUCCACAUAGGGGUCACUGUAGACUGACAUUGAGCUGAAGGCCUAACUGCAGGAAUAGCGAUAGUGCCCUGUGGGUGGCUGACAGCACUUCCCCAUAAAACCAACCCUUGAACAACCAGCUUUUUAGGUAUGGGAAUACCACACCUGCCACUAGACGAAGGUGAGCAGCCACCACCACUAGAACCUGAGAGACAACUCUUGGAAAUGAGACUGAAAAGAAUCACAUGGUCUUGAAAGUGCUUCUGGCUUUUCACAAAAUGUAAGUAUGUUCUGUGAACCUGGUGUAACACAAAUUGGAAGUGUGUGUCUUGUAGGCUGAGGGCUGAAAACCAGUCCCCUGAAUCUAAGAAUCACCACUGCCAGAGUCACCAGUCUGAAUUUUUGGGACUUCACAAAUUUGUUUAGGAAUCUUAGACCUAAAAUACCAGUCUCCAUCCUCCAUUUCUCUUUGGUGCAAGUAAUUAACUCACAUGGAAACCAUUCCUCAUGUAGAGCCAGGACAGACAACUGCUCCUAGCAAAGGAGGGAUUUUAUCUCCUUUCUUAGUAGGAGCUCAUGAAAGGAGUCCCUGAAGAGGAAUGGGGAUGUGAAAUGGAUGGCACAGCCGAACGUAACCAUCUCCAAAACCCAUUUGUCUGUGGUAAUCUAGUCUCAUGCAUGUUAGAAAUGGAGAGCUGGCUUCCAAAUGGGGGGAGGGAGGCAGGCAAACUGUUGUAGCUGGCAGGCUAGAGUGAGAAGGAUUCACACCCUCAACCAGCCAAUCAAAACUGGUGCUUUGAUGAAGCUAGUUGUGUACUUGAACCAGAUAGUUUAUGGUUCUCUUCCUCUGGAACCCAAGCUUCUUUCUUUGUGGUUCUGUGGGUCUCCAGAACCUGGAGAAAGGUAUCUGGUGGGAUCUCUAUGCAGUGUGUGAUCUACUACUAAGCUUUUUUUUUUUUUUAAAUUGCAGGGAUAUAAAUUUCCCAGCAACUGCAGACUGGCUCUGGAGUCUUUCAGAGUAUGGAAGGACUUAUCUGUGUUCUUUGAAAACAACUUAAGCCCACCUAAGGGAAAAAAGUUCUUCACCAUGCUUUUGGCCUCCCUUGGGAAACCAAACUGCUGAAGCCCACGAUGACUGCUAUCAGAAAGAUGGAAUGGGCCACAGUGUCUACAGCAUCUACUUGGAGAGAUGUCUGGGCUAAUAAUUGUCCUUCUGCACUGACAGUUUAAAAUUACUCUUUGUUCCAGAGGGAGGUUCUCAAUAAAUGCUUACACUUUGUAUAGUUCA